AUGGCUACAUCGGCUUGGAUGCGUGGCCCAUCUGCUAUGCGACUAACAGAGGGGUUGGUGUCGGUUCUGAAAGAACAGCGUCCAGAGUAUUUGCCUGCACUAUUGACCAACUACAGAGAACAUGGCGUGUUCACGACACAGGGCGCGAGCGCCGUCGGUGCUCUCGUGGGUUUCAGCAAUGCCAAACUGGGUUCGAGCAAGACCAGAUUUGAGGGUCUCUGCCUGCUCUCCAUGCUGGUUAAGGACAGCUCCAGUGAUCUGUUCCAGCAACACUGCCUUUCUUGGCUGCGCUCCCUGCAGCAGGUCAUACAGUCUCAGGCUCCAGUUCAGACUAUUCAGCUUGCAGUGAACAUUCUGAAGGAUGUGCUGCAGUACUCAUCCCAGCUACCAGAGCUGACCAGGGAGGUCGGCCUCAACUGCAUCCUUGGCAUCCUUACAUCUCUGCUGGGCCUUAAGACAGAGUGUGAGCUGGCAGCCAUGGAGGGGAUGACGGCCUGUAUGACCUACUACCCCAGAGCCUGUGGAUCCCUCAAGGACAAACUGGGGGCCUAUUUUCUCUCCAAAAUGGACAGUACCAACAAGAAAACACAAGAGAUGGCCUGUCAGUGUUAUGGCCGCCUGCCCUGCCUGGGGGGUCUGUUGGACAGAGGGGUGGGUGCUGGCAGAGCUGAGGGCUGGACCAAUCAGAUUCACUGUCUACUGGCCUCAGCCAAUGGCCAGCUGGCUCAGAUCUACCAGGGUUCAGAAACAGAUGGAACGGUGCAAUAUGAGGGUCCAGGGGUGGAGCUGGCUUUUCCUCUUCUCGACCAAUCAGAUCCCUUGCUGUUGCUGCAGCUCCAGCACAGAUACACAGCUGUUUGCCUGGCACUCAGAAACACACUCAGGGUUGAUCCAGCCUCAGCUGUCCGUCUGCCCGUCAGACCAAUUCUCAACCUUGUGUGCCGAGCCCUCGCUGUCAGCCCCAAGAGCAUAAAUUUAACAGGAGAUGGAAGUGUGAGGUUGCUGGUCUUGCCCAUCAUACACACCAACACCAUGGAGGUGUUAUCUGCCCUUAUCACAGCUGUACAUAGCGGCAUGGUUCAGUAUGCUGCUGUGCUACAGAGGCUGUUUUCUCAAACCCUAUCUGCUUGGAUGCCUCUACCUGAAGCCAGUCUGGGACAGCAGAGAGCCUACAGCUCAGUGCGGGUGUCAGUGUACAGAACCUUAGAGCUGUGGGUCCAGGUGGCUGGAGCCUCUGCUAGCAUCCUUCAGGGAAGCCCUGGCCACUCAGAGCUCCUGUUUAGCCACCUGCUUGGUGACAUCACACCAGGGGCAGAGUCUGUCAAGCUCCGGGCGGGACUGUCAGCAGAUGUUGUUCCUGGAGGGAAGCCAGGCCCGCGGCGGACAAAAACAUUGGUCAUAGCAGAUUCAGUCGGGCCGUCACUUCAGAGGAAAGGAGACCUUCUAGCUAAUCAGGAUACUUGCCUUUCAGGCCUCAGGGCACUGAGACAAAUUAUACUGACCAGUGGUACACUGCUAAAGGAUGACAUACACAAGCGUCUCCAUGAUGUCGUGCUUCCGCUGUGUGUGCGUCUACAGCAGCAACAGUCCAGCUGCAGCACCUCUUGUGAAUCUGCAGGGGGCAUUAGUGGGCAGUACAGCAGUGCCCUGACCCGACGAGAGCUAUACAGGUUAUUGCUGGCUCUGGUCCUUGUCCCAUCACCCUGUUGGGCUCCACCUUUGACCUGUGCUGUAUCGAUCCUCAGCAAUGGACGCACCGACCGCAACCUCAAGGUCUCUACAUUCUGUACUGAGGCUCUGACCAUCUGUAACUCCCUCCUCCACCCACGCACUCAAUCAGUCGCCCUCCCCUUGCCGCCACUCACCCUGAAACCCACCCCCACCGCUCCAGUCCUCCCCUCCUCCCAGGGACAUGCCCCUGGACUUACUUUGCCAAGCCUCCUAGGAGGCCCCGCCCCUGGUCCUCCUUUUCCCACCCGCCACUCUCUCGGUCUGGGCCCUGCUUCCCUGCUUGGUUCUCUUGAGAACCACCUGUCCCUGGUCCCAGGACUGCCAGGCCAGGCCCCCACCCCAGGAGACAUGAUUCUGUCCCCACACGCACAUCACCAGCAGGAUCCUCCAGGACUGGGCCCUCCAGAGGGGCAGAGACCAGUGUUUGUCCGCUACGACCGAGAGGAAGCGGAGGAUGUGGAGAUCUCUCUGGCGAGUGACUCAGACGACAGCGUGGUUAUCGUUCCUCCGGGGAUGCUCAACAUAGAGAACCAGCAAGAUGAGACAGCAGCAGCAAACGCUCAGAACAUGACCUCUGCACCAGGGAGCACUACGGUCACACUACCAGGAGGAGAAUCUGUCACUAUGGUCCCCACCACAGCAACGACAACCACAAUAGACGGUGUCUCACUCCCCAACGACCUCGCCACCUCCUCCCCCCUAGUCACCACCUCCACCACCCCUGUCAACUCCUUCCCUCCUUCUGGUGCCUCAGUGGUCUCCCUGGUUCCACCUUUGAACUCCAGCACAGUCACAGCUCCACCUGGUGGUCUGGGGGACUCAUUGGCUGGCAGACCCCAGCUCCAGCAGAUGCUGAUGCAGCCCUCCACCCCCGGCCAGCCCGGCCCCAUCAGUCUACCGCUCCAGAUCCACCAGCUGCAGAAUCAGCUGAGCCAACAGGGACGGCAUCUCCACCAGCACCAACCGCUACCUGCCAGCAAUGAAGAUUCUGGCGUCAUCAACAUUAACAGCACUGACGAUGAGGAGGAGGAAGAGGAGGACAUGGAGGAUGACGAAGAGCUGGAGGAGGAAGAGGAAGGGAUGGAUGAGGAGGAUGAGGAGGAGGACGUGAGCGAUUUCGCUGAGGAAGAGUUUUAUGAUGGGGAGGAAUAUGAAGAUUAUGAUGAAGAAGAGGGGGAAGAGCUGGAGGAAGAGGAGGAGGAGGAAGAGGAAGGAGAUAUACCUCCACUGGAGGGAGCAGAGGACAAGGCUGGAGAAGUAGGAAUGGAGGACGGAAAGAUGCUUCGAGCAGCAGUGGAUGAAGGAGGGAUGGCUGGAUUCAGUGUCGAGGGAGAAGCAGAAGGAGGCAUAGAGGAGAUCCAGACCAACAGAGCACUGUUUGGAGAGGACAGGAUGAAGGUACAAGAGGUAGAGAGCAUCGGUGUCCUGGAGGAGGCACGGGAGCAGGAGGGAGAGGAGGACGAAAGCGAAAGGAUGGACGACCCCACCAUGCCACAGAUCUUGUGUGUGACUGGUGGAGCACUUGAGGAGAGAGAGGAGGCUGAGGAGGAUGGAGUGGGAGCAGGAGGAGUAGAGGAAGGAGGAGAGCUGCAAGAGAAGGUAACCUCUUGGGUGCAAGGAGCCAAUGAGACCGAGCCAAAGGCCACCUCAGAAGAAUGCACAACCAAGAACCAGCAGGAGUCUGGAGCUGAACCUGCACAGGAAGCUAGUGUUAGCGAUAACCAGCCAUCCGGUCAUCAGGAGGAACAGCUAGCAGCUGUUCAAGAAGGAGACGUAGCAGCAGCAGAUCCUGAAACUUCAACAGACCAGACAACAACAGGACAAGAGGAGACAGACACUGAGAAAAGACAUAAAAUAAAAGCAGAGCAGCAGGAGACAGAAGGAGGAGGAGACAGAGACAGUGAUGGAGAGGAGGGGAAAGGAGUGAAGAGGAAGAGAGAGGAGGCACAGAGGGAGGAAGAGGCGGAGCAAAGCACUGAGAAGAAAAAGCUGGAUGAUGAUGCCAUGGCCUCCAUGUUGGCUGAUUUUGUUGCCUGCCCACCUGAUGAUGAAGAUGGUGCCUCUGGCUCGAACCACUCAUAAACAUUUGUCAAACCGGAGCGGAUGUGAUUGAGAGUACCAUGGAUACCUUAUGUACUGCUAGGAUACUGUACCAUGAGUGGCAUUUGCAAGGUUUAGUUACCAACAUACAACCCCCUUGUCAUUCUUUACAUCUUCCAGUUAUUCUUCACUGGGUUCAUAUCAUACUGGUAGAAUGUGAGAAUGUGGUCUCCAGGUUUUUGUUUUUUUCUUUAAGAAUAUUGCCAACUUCAAGCUACAAUAAAUGAGGUUUGGGAAUAUUUUGGGGAAGGGAAGUCAGACUUUUUAAUACAUCCCAGCUUGUAAUUGGCAAAAACUAACUAGCUAUAAAAAGCAGUGCAUUUUCUUUCUGGAUACUUUGUUCUUGUGUACAGUACGUAGUUUCCUGCAAUUUUAAGGUUCACUGUGUAUCAUUAGUGGGAUCUAUUGGCAGAAAUGUAACAUAGUAGUCACAUUUAUGUUCAUUAGCAUAUAAUCACCUGGAGUGGGUCCUCUUCCCGUGUCUGCCAUGUUGCACCGCCAUGUUUGUCCAGUAGCCCAGAAAGGACAAAACAAACACAGCCUUCUGCGAGAGCUAUGUCAGUUCCCCCAUCUUUCACAGCCACCGUAGGGGAGGGUGAGACAAAGGGUAUUGAGUUGGUUGCGAUGUACAGACUCACUGCUAGAUGCCACUGAAUCCUACACACUGGCCCUUUAAAACUAUGACGUGAUUUUCUUGGAUUUAUAUGUAUCUUUUAUGCUCUGUAUGUUUUGUCAUCACUGUUAUAUGCUUUGUUAUAAAAAAGUAAACAACCAAUCAUGAGUUACAUACAUUACAUUUUGUCUGAGAUUUAAUGGUUUACUACAACAAUAUUCUUGGUUUUGUUUUUUUUAAAAGGGUUGGUCCACCCACAUUGCAUGAGCAAAGUCAGGGAGGGCUGUUUGAUUAUUCAUUGUAACCUGGUCGUCAUUUUUGGAAGGACAAGGAACUUUAAAAUGGAAUUAUUUGUUUUGAGCAGCACAAACAAAAUUGCAUUUACCUCCAUUGUAUUGUCGUGGAGAGAGAAAUCUCAGCUGGAUAUCUGUAA